UCUUCCCCGCCAGCCGAGGAGACAGUGGGGCGAGGAGCCUGCGGCGCGGGCCCUGCCCACGUCCCCUUCGCGACGGUCCCCUGCCCGGCAGCGCGGGGCGGAGGCCGCGGGAGGCGGCGGGUUUCGUGAGCUCCGGGACCGCCGGAGAAGCGCAGCUCCCCGUCUCCGAGAGGAAAGGACACGGACAGCCACCCGCGCAGAGGACCAUCCCCUGGCGCCCAGACCCACGCCAGUGCCCUCCGUUGGGUGCACGGAGGCGACCGCCGUGUCCAGCGCACACGUUCCACGCCCCGGGCCCUCUGGGCUGCAGGAGCCAGAUCCCGCCUGCCCCGGCUGGACUUGGAGGGUCCUCGGCGGCGUCUUUAAGGCUGCGCUCCCCGCCCCUCCCGCCUCCCCGCGCGUCCCCGCCCGCUCCCGCCCGCUGUCCCCGCUCGCGGCUCCUCCGCGCUUCCGCCAAGCGGGGCGGCCGGGCGUGCGCUGCGCGCGGAGCAGGUGCGGGCGAGCCCCUCGCAUGCGGCUGCCCGGCCCGAGGUGGUAGCGGCGCCGGGCGCGCUCCGCCCGCCCCUCCUCCGGGCCGCACUCGGGCUCCGGCGCGCGAGGACAUGUCGGUGGUGACUGGCAGCAGCGAGGCGACCGGCGGGGCCGGCGGCGGCGGCGCGCGGGUUUUCUUCCAGAGCCCCCGGGGCGGCGGCGGCAGCAACCCGGGCUCCAGCAGCGGCUCGGGCUCCUCCCGGGAGGACUCCGCGCCUGUGGCCACGGCGGCCGCUGCCGGGCAGGUGCAGCAGCAGCAGCAGCAGCAGCAGCGGCGUCACCAGCAGGGAAAAGUGACGGUGAAAUACGAUCGCAAGGAGCUUCGGAAGCGACUCGUGCUGGAGGAGUGGAUCGUGGAGCAGCUGAGUCAGCUGUACGGCUGCGAGGAAGAAGAAAUGCCAGAUGUAGAAAUUGACAUUGACGAUCUUCUUGAUGCAGACAGUGAAGAAGAGAGAGCUUUAAAACUGCAGGAAGCUCUUGUAGACUGCUACAAACCAACAGAGGAAUUCAUAAGAGAGCUGCUCUCUCGGAUAAGAGGCAUGAGGAAACUGAGUCCUCCGCAGAAGAAGAGCAUAUGAUUCUGGAACAGGAUGGAACUCUCCCGGAGACGAAGAAUGGGUCCUGGGAUUUGGACUUCAUGAAGAAUUUUAUUAAAAAGUAGUUGUCCUUAUGAACAACUUUUUUUUGUUUGUUUGUUUUUGUUUUUGGUGUUGGGGGAAUCUAUUAGACAUUUAUUCAACAGCGUUUUGUUGUUGUUUUUAAAGGUUUUUGUUAGUGUAAUAUUUUAAUAGCAAAGAUAUCACGACUCUGGUUACAGCCCAACCAAGGAUUAUCAAAGCAGGUGGACACCCAAGGAGGGGCUGGGCCAGGCAGUGUUUUUCACAAGGUCCUGGGUGGUUAGGACCUUACCAUACAGGGAAGAUGGUUUUCUUACAACUAGUUUGGUAAUAGUUUUUUCUUAAGUUGUACAUUUGACUCAGAUGUCAAAUUUCUUGUACUUGUAUAUAUCUACACACAACUAAGUUAAAAUGCAGAUAUGAGUUUUAUUUCACAUUGAUGGAAUAAACUUGUGGUCGUCCUUUAGUUGGAGGUCACAGCACGUGUGUUCUCAAAAGGCCACCAGGCAUUCUUCACAUGAGUGCUGCUGACUUUCAAAUUCACGUUAUGCACCAAAGUGAAAGAAUUCAGUGUAUCCGUUAUUUUAAUGAGCUACACUACAAAAAUGUUGAGUUGGUCAAGGGCUUAAUUUAUGGACUUUAUAUUACUUCCUUGGUUGGGAUGCUUUGCCAGGUCAUGUAUUUAUUGCCUCAUUUGUGGUCAUUUAAAGUUUUAUGAACCCUUAAUUUGAAGAAUUAACCUGAUUUCCAGAGAAAUGCUCAUGCUAUCUGAGUUGUGUUUUGCCAUGAAAAAAGGAAGCACCGUGCAGCAAUGAAUUCUCUGCUUUCAACCAAAUACUGUGUAUUAUUCUCUCUCCAUGAAAGCAGGUCAAAAGGAAGUUAGCAGAUUGGAUGGCUUCCUCCUUAGAAGUAGAUUCUGGUCCCUUCUGUGCCUGGGUAGCACCAGUGUAAACAGAGCAUUGAGUAAGUUUAGAGGAGAGAAAGCCUCACCUUCUUUCAAGACAGUUGAUGUAGGAGCAUUUGCUGGUUUGGAAAGGUGGAGAUUGCAUUUCUGGCUUCUCUCAGUGUCUUAUGGUGAGUUCUGGGAGCUCCUGGCCCUAUGAUACAUGCCGAUCCCUGUGGUUAGAGCUAGGCCUGGGCAGCUGUCCUGUCCCUCGCGGAUACAUGCCAGGACUUUGGAGAAGGAUAAAAAUUCAGAUGGGAAGCGAGCAGGGUAAGAGUAAGAGUAGAAACUUCCUGCCCUCCAGGAGGCCCCUACUGCCUCCCCACAGAAACCCCACCCUACCAUAAGACGUCUCCAGGUGGCCCUGUCCGAGGACAGGGGUUAGGCAUUUUAUAUCAAGGGUGCUCUGAACAUAUUUUUUAAAAGAACUAUGUUUGUGAAUUUUACGUAUACUGGCAAGCUUUUGAAAAUGUAUUUAAUUUUGUAAUGUUUACCAAUGAUUUAUUUACAAGCUAUCUACUCAAAUA